AUGCAAACUGACCAUCUGUGUCUAUUCUAUGAGAAGCUAGUCUUCUACUUUCUUCUUCCUGGAACUCCUACUCAUGUGAAUGGACAACCCAGUUCGCGGAUGCCGAGAGCUCUGCAGUUAGGAACCAUAGAGUGAAGUCCACCUUGGUGGCAUCUAGCUGAUUGGUGUGUUCUCGUCCUCUGCAGCCAGCUACAAUCAAUCAGAUGAUGAUGACGAGAAUGACGAUCUAAGUUUCGAUACGACUACAAUUUCAAUUCAGUUCGUUUGAAAAGUUCCAAUCUUACAAUGGUAGCGGAGAUAGUGGUUACUGAGAUUCACACAGUAUCUAGUACUGCGUUAAAAAUUUUUAUGAAAUUAGUUUCAUCUGACUUAGUUAGGAAGGAAUGAGAGUCAAGGUAUAAUAUGAGCCCAAUAACGAGAAUAAGAUAGGAACCCCAUCAAGGACUAACUUAACAGAACAACCAACAGUGAUACAAGAUAACAGGACUGGCUGCAGUGUGACGAGAGCCCCAAAAGAGUGAGUAAGGCAAAGAGUGUAAAAAUUGGAUGACAGAGGUCUUUA